AGGGUUUGAUGUCCCUUGUGGAAGAGUUAAAAAAGGUUGAACAUUUGAAUGACAACGGUGUUAGAAUCGUGCUACUUGGCUUGGACAACGCUGGGAAGACGACAAUAUUGACUCGACUUGCACUGGAGGAGGCCAGCAGUAUAACUCCAACACAGGGUUUUAAUAUCAAAAGUGUCCAGUCUCAAGGUCUAAAGCUAUCAGUUUGGGACAUUGGAGGCCAAAGGUCCAUUCGCACCCAUUGGAAAAAAUAUCUUGGAAGCACAGAUUUACUGAUUUAUGUAGUGGACAGUGCAGACCGUAAACGGUUUGAAGAAACAGGGCAGGAGCUGGCAGAACUGGUGGAAGAGGACAACUUACUGGGUGUCCCCCUUCUAGUGUUUGCAAACAAGCAGGAUUUACUGACGGCCGCCCCUGCUGCAGACAUUGCUGCUGGACUCAACCUGCAUACAUACCGUGACCGAAUAUGGCAGAUCCAAGCCUGCUCUGCCCUCUCUGGAGAAGGGAUCCAGGAUGGAAUGAACUGGAUAUGUAAAAACAUUUCGGCAAAGAAAAAGUGA